AUGUUCCCGGCUUCUGUGCUCUUCUCCCGGGUACCAUGCCCUUUCCCGAAGCGCUCCUGCAAACGCCCCUACUGUUGGUACAAACAUACCGAGGACGGGCGACGUUUGUUUGGAUACUCCAUCCCGCCAUUGAGGUCGUUACAACCAGACCCAACAGGUGCCCAAAAUGACAUUCAGUCCACCUUGUUAGCGACUCAAGUUGCAGACCACACCAAAAAUCAGCCCUUCCAAGAGCUGGAGUGCAUCAACAAGAAGAUCGAAAUGGCCAAGUAUGAAGUAGAGCAGGAGCAAAGGAGGCUGUCAUGCUACCGCGCGGCAGAAAUCAUCACCCUCACUGAGGCAAAAGGCAAAAGUUCAACUAGCUGUAAAUAUGUUCAUCGUCUGAGUAUCAAAGCACCCUCCCCGCAAUCCACAAAGUACGUGCUUGACAAGUCCAAGCCGAGGACCGACUUGGAAUACGAUCCUAUGUCCAACUUCACAGCUGAAUUUGGGUCAUACAAGUCAAUUAAUAAGGCGUUGAAAGGAAUGAGCACACAUCAGGGUGAUGUAAAAAAGCCAGUCAGCCAUCAGGUGGCGCCGUACCACUCUCUGUCCCCUGGGAUACAAGAUGACAACGACCCUGAUGACCUCCUGAUACUGGACAGACCAGCCUUGCCUGCAUCCUCUGCCCAGCAGAAAUCCUGCAUCAAGGACCGAGAAGCUUCUGCUACAAAUAUGAUUGACCUGACUGAGUGUGUGGAAAAGAGUCCCGAUCCCAAAGCUAGUAUUUCUCAAUACGCCGAAGAUGCAACCAAACGAGAUGCCAUUUCGGACAAGAGCAACCAGCGGUUGUGUGUGGAGGUUUCAAAGUAUUUGUCAGCGGUGCGGCAAACCACUGAGGGCCAGCCACCCAAGAAGAGUGGACAGGAAUCAAGCUGCGCUCAAAUUGACAGCCACCAGGUGUCAGCAGAGGCCUCAUCCCUCAAGGAGCCUUUGUCAGAAAAAGCAGCCCAUGAAGAUGUCAUCGUCAUCGAUUCCAGCUCUGACGAGGAUGAAGACGCGAUGGCUGUGGAGCUGUCGGACAGCGACCCUGUGGAGGAGUGCUACCGCAUCUUCAUGGAGGCAAACAACCAGGAACAUACUGUCCAGCAGCAGCCGGAGGUGCCUGUUGCAGCGGUGAAAAGGAGGCCACAGCCUAAGGUUCUGAUUCCACUUCAAGAACCAGUGAAACCAUCCCCGGCUUCUCAGCUCGUUGCAGUCGUGCCCAAGACUCAACAUGUCCAGCAGAAGGCGGCCAUUUUGACAGCUGACGUGAACGGAGCCCAAGUGUUCCCCUCGUCCGCCGCUCAAAGGAAGCAAGAGAGAUGGCUCGUAGCCACUUCUUCUUCAACGCCUCCAGUCGAGACUGCUAGCAUGCCCGCUCCUCAACAGAAAGCGUGUGUCAACAACAUACCUCCAGGCUCCGCCAUAAUCAACGUGGGCGUCAACUUGCAUCUGAUCCUCCCUCAGGGCACCCUGCCUCUCAACUCCACCUCCAACGCGGUCACCUCCGUCCUGACCCCCAUCACUCAAGUGCACCUUGGCUCUGACAAAAACGUGAGCCUUUCGGCGCCGAUGCAUCGUUCCACCGCGCCGCUGCUCAUUCCCGCCAUUCCGCGGAGACGCUGCCAUCCUUCCGCCGCGGUGUCUCUUCCAACCCCCGCCAGUGAAACGAGCAGCCAAGUCUCUGUUAAGCCAGGAGCAAUCCCCAAACGAAAAGCCAAGCAGCAGCCUGAGGCGGCCAAAGACAAAGUGCCCCAUGGCAUCCGACAGUGUUACGUCACAAAGUUCACUGAGGUGUUCCUCGACACCUCCGCCAAUGUCGACGAGGCCUUUAAAAAGGCCCUUGCUGAGGAGAAAACAGUGUACAGUCGCAGCGUCAACAAACUCAAGUAUCUCAGCAUCGCUGUGAAUGCACUGAAGAGGUUGAAAAAGCAGAAUUCAGGCUGUUCCAGAGAUGAAAUAAUCCACGGCAAAAGCUCAAAAGGAAAUAUUCCACUAAACCAAAAGCAGCUCAAAGGAAAGGACGAUGACGCUUUGCACGAGAUUUUGAGGGAUUACAUUCUGAGCGAGGAGCAGCUGAUUGAGAGUAACUAUCCUAUUCCGCACCCCGAGAAACCCGGCUACGCUAUCCUUUUGGCAAACCAGAGGAAGGGCAACAACGACCCCUGGAAGAGGAUGUGUUGCCGGUGCGGAGCUACAUACUCUGUGAACAAAGAGGGCAAGCACACCCGGAUGGAAGAGUGCAACUAUCACUAUGGGAAAGGAGUGGAGAAGAAAGUGCCAGGUGGGGUGGAGACUCGCUAUAGCUGCUGCCAGGGAGUCAUGGGAGCACCCGGUUGCCAGAUUUUUAAGUUGCAUGUGCACGAUUCCCUCGCCAUGGAUGGAUUUAUGGCAACCGCCCCCCGAUGUCCUGGAAAUGGCUGCUUCCCGGGUGUCUAUGCGCUGGACUGUGAAAUGUGUUAUACCAUUCACGGCCUGGAGCUGUCACGAGUGACUGUGGUGAACUCAAACCUUCAAGUGGUCUAUGACACGUUUGUUAAGCCACACAACGAGGUCAUUGACUACAACACCAGGUUUUCUGGCAUCAGCGAGGAGGACAUGAAGGACAACCAAAUGACUCUGGCCAAUGUGCAGAAGACAUUGUUGAGCUUCAUCAGUGCCGACACUAUUCUGAUUGGGCACGGCCUGGAAACUGAUCUCUGUGCCCUGAAGUUGCUUCACAACACGGUGGUGGACACUGCAGUGGUCUUCCCCCAUCGCCUGGGCCCGCCACACAGGUUGAGCCUCAGCAGCCUCACAGCAGAACACCUGACCAGGAUUAUUCAAGAGAGCGUAUGCGGCCACGACACGGCAGAAGACGCCUUCGCUUGCAUGGAGCUCAUGUUGCUGAAGGGGAAAGAUGGCAAAAUGAAAAAAUGA